AUGGCAGGAACACGCUCUUCCGCACGCAAGACCGACAACAACUCCAGUCCUGCAAAAGGGAAUGAUGUAGCAGCUGGCACCAAGCGCAAGCCAGAAGUUGAGCCGUCCCCAAAGCGCGAUCGCAAAGCGUCGAAGAAGCAGGCGACUAUCGAGGAGACAAUGGACGCAAGCAAGUUGUCAGAUAGCGACACGAAAGACGCUUCUGACGACGCCGAGGACACAAAGCAGGAAGAGCAAUCGGAAGAGCAGGCCCAAGCGGCAGCUGCUGAAGACCUUGUCGACGCAAGCGACGCGAAAGCAUUAGCCACUGGUGACGAGAAGCCUUCGACGACUGAAGAAAACACUGAAGCCGCACCCAAGGCCGAUGAGAUCACAAACGGAGGGACCACACAAGAGAACACCCCGGAGCAAGAUGACAGCGCUCCCAAGGAGCCUACUGCAGACGGCGAAGGCGCAAUCGAGUCGUCCUCCCAGCGCGCCAAGCAAAUGCCAUCCAACAUCCUCGAAAAGGGUGUCAUUUACUUCUUCACCCGUAACCGCGUCGGCAUCGAAGAAUCGGAAAGCGUCGGUGACCUCCAACGCACCUUCUUCGUCCUACGCCCCAUGCCUUCUGGAGCCAAACUAGGUGACGGUGCACUCGCCGACUCCAACAACAUCCGGCUCUUUGCGCUCCCCAAGAAGGUCUUCCCCAAGUCACACAACGACCGCUUCAUGGCGUUUGUCGAGAAGGCGAACACGUCCAUCAAGGAACUGAAGGAGACUUUCUUUGGCGCAAACGAGUACGAGACGAAGACACAAGGGAGUCGGCGCACAGAGCCUGUUGCGCCUGUUGCGGAGGGUGUAUACGCGAUUACACGUACUGAAGACCGCACAUGCCAUCUCGUUUACUCCACCACCAUACCUUCUGAGCUUGGCGAGGUGCAGGAAGACCUCGGUAUCAAAGAUCAGGGUAGCUUCAUCAUGAGCGUUAAGAACCCUGAACGCAGUGGCCCAGCUUCUGCUCAGCUGGACCAGAAACCUGGCUUUCCCAAAGAGUUUAUUGACGAAUUCCGUGGAUUGGCAUGGGUCGAGGUCAAGCCCAAGUACUUAGACUACGAGUACUGCCAGAUUCUGCUUAUCGGCGAGAAGAUGGAGGCCGGUGUUGAGCCGACGACCAAGGACCAGAAGCAUGACAAGGAGACUCCGCAAGAGGAGAUUGAGAAGUUGGAACAUGAGGAUGAGCUAAGAGUUGAGCAUCUGCAUGGUGACGACUCUGUUUAUGACGAUCUCAAGAUUAGCAAGAAGGAAUAUCCUCAGGUUGCUACUACUUGGUAA